AUGCAGCAGCAGCGGGAGAUAUGCAGCAGCAGCAGCAGCAGAAUCAGCAGCAGCAGCAGCAGCAGCAGCAGCGGGAGAUAUGCAGCAGCAGGAGAUGCAGAUGCAGGGCAGCAGCAGCAACAGCAGCAGCAACAGCAGCAGCAGCAGCAGCAGCAGCACGUACAGUGGGCUGAUCUGGGGCGUCAUCGUCCACUGCAGCAGCAGCAGCAGCAGCAGCAGCAGCAGCAGCGGGAGAUAUGCAGCAGCAGCAGCAGCAGCAGCCAUAGCAGCAGCAGCAGCGGGAGAUAUGCAGCAGCAGCAGAAGCAACAGCAACAGCAGCAGCAGCGGGAGAUAUGCAGCAGCAGCAGCAGCAGAAGCAGCAGCAGGAGCAGCAGCAGCAGCAGCAGCAGAAGCAGCAGCAGGAGCAGCAGGAGCAGCAGCAGCAGCGGGAGAUAUGCAGCAGCAGGAGAUGUAGAUGCAGGGGUACGCACGCAGAAGCAGCAGCAGCAGCAGCAGCAGCAGAAACAGCACAAGCAGGAUAA